GGCACUCAGGCAGCUGGGAGGGGAGGGCUUUUUUGUCAAUAAAAUUUCAUCUGUUAUUCUUUUACAAGAGAAAUUCCCUUCGAUGUAAAUAAUUGUCGAGCUAAUAUUCCUUAAGGAAUUGGAAAAAUAUUAUACAAAUUUUCAAGAUGUCGACAUCUGCGAUAUAUAUUUUAGACGUAAAGGGCAAGGUUUUGAUCUCACGAAAUUAUCGUGGAGAUAUAGAAACAGGUGUCAUAGAAAAGUUCAUGCCCCUUGUAAUGGAGCGCGAAGAAGAAGGCAAUCUUACUCCGAUUAUUCAAACUACAGAAUGUACAUACGCAUAUAUAAAGUAUAAUAAUCUGUAUAUUGUUUCAACUACGAAGAAGAAUGCAAAUAUUUCCUUAGUAUUUGUAUUCUUGCACAAACUGGUGCAAGUGAUGCAGGAAUAUUUUAAGGAAUUGGAAGAAGAAAGCAUAAGGGACAAUUUUGUUGUCAUUUAUGAGCUUCUAGACGAAUUAAUAGAUUUUGGGUAUCCACAAACUACGGAUAGUAAAAUUUUACAAGAAUACAUCACGCAAGAAGGGCAUAAACUUGAAAUUCAACCACGCAUUCCUAUGGCUGUGACUAAUGCAGUAUCUUGGAGAUCAGAGGGUAUAAAAUACCGUAAAAAUGAAGUGUUCCUAGAUGUAAUAGAAUCUGUGAAUCUUCUAGCAAAUGCCAAUGGAAAUGUUCUAAGUUCUGAAAUUGUGGGUGCCAUAAAAAUGAGGGUUUAUUUGUCUGGAAUGCCAGAAUUGAGACUUGGCCUUAAUGAUAAAGUUUUGUUUGAAUCUACAGGACGUGGAAAGUCUAAGUCUGUUGAAUUGGAAGACGUGAAAUUCCAUCAGUGUGUCAGAUUGUCCAGAUUUGAAAAUGACAGAACAAUUUCUUUUAUUCCUCCUGAUGGAGAGUUCGAAUUAAUGUCAUACAGACUAAAUACUCAUGUGAAACCUUUGAUAUGGAUAGAAUCAGUCAUAGAACGGCAUGCUCAUAGUAGAGUGGAGUACAUGAUAAAAGCUAGAUCACAGUUUAAAAGACGUUCUACAGCCAACAACGUAGAAAUAGUAAUCCCAGUACCAAAUGAUGCAGACUCUCCCAAAUUUAAGACUACUAUUGGCAGUGUUAAAUAUUCACCUGAACAGAGUGCGAUAACUUGGUCCAUUAAAUCAUUUCCUGGUGGGAAAGAAUAUCUGAUGAGAGCACACUUUGGUUUACCAUCUGUUGUCGGAGAAGAUCUAGAAGGAAAGCCACCUAUUCAAGUUAAAUUUGAAAUUCCGUAUUUUACAACUUCUGGAAUUCAAGUGCGUUAUUUAAAAAUUAUCGAAAAGAGUGGAUACCAGGCACUACCAUGGGUGAGAUAUAUCACGCAAAAUGGAGACUAUCAGCUGAGGACAAAUUGAGUAAAGACAAGUUAGUGGGAGAAAAAGACAUUUUUAACACGUUAUACUAAUGAUAAUUCAAGAUAAAAAAAAGUGAAAACUAGUCGGUUUGCUACGCUUAGUAUGCUUCCGAACAUUUACAGUUAACUUCAUAGCUAUUUUCGGAAACGAUCGUGAUCCACAUGAAAAUCGAGGUCCUUUAGAAUCUAAAAUUUGCGUUUACAGUAUUGAGAUAUAAUUUCUCAUCAUUGGUGUUUAUUUCACAAAACUUUUAAUAUUCUUUGCAGGUUUAAUA